GAACACCUUUCACUCACUGAACAAGUGUAUGAUUGAAAGUGUGUGGGAAGUUUUCUGAGCAUUGUAUAUUUGGAUCUGCGCGUGUGUGGACUUCAUCAGAGCGCGUCACGAUGUGUCUCCGGAGCUGGUCGAGGGUCUUCAGUGCACUGCUGCUGCUGGGCUUCUGCUCUCGGGUCAUCGGGGCUCAUGAAUGCGAGCACUGCUCCAGACUGGAGCUCGAGCUGUGCGGCGGACCGGACUGGACUCUGGGCUUCUGCGGAUCCGGACUCACCUGCGCGGCGCUCAACAGAACCGGACCGGCGCGCGCACCCGAGACAGGUGUCUGCAGAGUUUCUCCCAGGUGUGUUCAUGAUGGGAAGGAGUUCACGGAGGGCGAGGUGUAUCGUAUGGACCCCUGCUGGAUGUGUCAGUGUCGAGGCGGAGUGUCGUUCUGCUCUAGAACCGAAUGCACAGAGAUGGACUGCCAGAACCGCUACGUUCCUGAAGGAGAAUGCUGUCCCGUCUGUAUAGAUGUGGAGCUGCUGGCGGUGGAGAGCACUAAAGCGAGCUGCUGGGUGGAUCACAGGCUGCGUGCGCACGAGGAGCAGUGGAAGGAGGACGACUGCACCUUCUGUCAGUGUGUGGACGGAGAGCCGCACUGCACAGCCAUGGCCUGCAAACAGAGCUGCCAGAACCCUGUGAAGAUCCCUGGAGAGUGCUGCCCCUUCUGUGAGGAGCCAUCAUAUGAGUCCGUGAGCCCGCUGCUCUGCCCACCGUUGGAAAACUGCUCUCUCUCUGGGCAUGACUGCCCAUCUGGCUUCCAGCAAGACACCAGCGGCUGUCUUCUGUGCCGGUGUGUCAACAAUGAAACCUGUCCUGUUGUGUCCAAGCACUGCUCUCUGGAGUGUCCCAUGGGUUAUGAGAAAGACCGCUAUGGUUGUGAAGUGUGUGAAUGUAGUGUAGCCAGUCCAAAGUGUCGUCCCAUGACAUGCAGCAAGACAUGCCCUUAUGGAUACAUGAGGAACAAGCACGGCUGUGAGAUGUGCCGCUGCAUCCGCUGUCCACCGUUCACCUGCGACAAACACUGCAGCGAGGGCUUCAGGAAGAGCAGGAAGGGCUGCAGCGUCUGCCAGUGUAGAGACACAGACAGACGUGUGUCCAGCACCAGCGUCUCGUCCAGCUUCUGUCUGACGGCGAGCGGCCAGCGUUUCCAGGAGGGAGACGGAUGGCACGACGGCUGCAGAGACUGUUUCUGUCACGCGGGUCGAGAGAUGUGUGUGCUGAUCCCCUGCCCUGUGCCCACCUGUGCCCACCCUGUGCUCCGAGACCACCAGUGCUGCCCCGGCUGUGACGAGAUAACGAGCUCGUCAGCGCCGGUGAUGCUGUGGACGUCUGUCACCGAGGACUGGAUCAGCGCCGCUCCUCCGCUGCACAGCGUCACACCUGGUGAUGUUUUCUCGCGGGACGAUCCGAGUCAGACGGAGAUGACGCUCAUCUACCAAUCAGCAGCCUGGAUUCUGGCGGGAAUCCUGCUGGCUGUGGUCAUCUUCCUCCUGGUGGCCAUCCUGGUGACCUGCAGGAAGAGCUGGGUUCAGAUGUCCUGCUACGGCGCGCCCAAGAAGACGGUGAUCUUACAGAAACACCAGAACAAGAGUUCAGUCGUCUACAUGGAGCCGUCCAGAGAAAGCCUGUUCCAGAGCAUCUCUCUCUCUAACGGACACGUCCAGCGCUAGCUCUGUGAUCAUCUCCUGCUUUAUUUAGUGUUUUCAUGACGAUCAGAGCGUCCAAACUAAACAGGAACACAGUUUAUCGGACGAGGAGCUUCGGUGUCAUGAUGCAGAAACAAACCAAAGGUUCAGGAACCAGACGGACCUCGACUCCUCAGAGAGAAGAGAUCGUGCUCAUAUUCUCUCCGUCUGUUUAUUCCUUUCUAUACACUCGAGUGUUUUACUUGUAGUUUGUUGCCGGACUGAACAUUGCUGUGUGUUCAUAACGAACUCAGAUCCUCUCAAGUCCUCCCUUCCGAACCCUAACGAGUCGUCUAACUAGACAGCAUCUGCAGGCAUCAUCACAUUCUUCACUAUACAAAAAAACUCUUUUAAUUUCUCAAGGGAAUCCUGUUUCCAUCCAUAACACACUUACAAGCAAACAAAUAUAUAUUUCUAUAUUAAAUAUGUAAAAUAUACAUACCAUACAUCGAUGGAGAGAUGAUUUAUUCAGAUGAUGUAUAAAAACCAAUUUAGAAAAAUUGACCCUUUAGACUAGUUUUGUGCUCUACAAGUCAAAGUUUUUAAUGAAGUCUCUUCUGCUCACAAAGCCUGCAUUUAUUUGAUCCAAAAUACAGUAAAAAAUGUACAAUUUGAAGACUGGAGGAAUGAUGCUGAA